UAUGAAACUAAACGGAGAUCAUCUGAUACUCAGAUACAUAUUCCAGAAUCUAGAAAGUCUAUGAAUUUCAAAGAGAAACUGAAGCAUUCACAAUUAGUUCCUGAGCUACUUACAUUAGCAAAUCAACUAACAUUCACAGGACCUUUCCCUGAACCAGAAAAUGAUGAUGGGUCUCAGUUGUACAAAGGGCCAACUCCUAAAUCAAAAAGCUAUGAACAUUUAUCAGAUUUUGUGCAGUUUGCGUCAUCAAAGGUUGACAUCAGAAAUACCUACACAUUGACGAUGCUUAAUGAACAUACAUUUUACGUUGAAAACUUUGUACAAAAUUUCUGCCUUUCUUUUGGAGAACUAGAUGAAUUAUUCAAGUCUAAAAACAUCAUCAGAUGUGGAAGUUCCUAUGAACUUGCAAAGAUUCUCGCCCCUGAUGAAUACGACUAUAUACCUGUCCUUAUAUGGUCUGAUGAUGUCACAGUUAGGGUUGAAAAUGUGGGGAAUGAUUGUGAACUGACAGGUCAAGGUUAUGGGGACAUCUUCAUUGAGAAAGGGGAUCUACACGAUGCAUUACAUUCUGAUAUCAUGCCAGAUAAGUCGGACAUACUUGAUCUUAUUAAGAGUCAACGAGGCCCAAGCAAGUUAAACACAUUCUUUGCUGUCACACUUCAGACGAGGAUAUACUCUUACCUAAACAAGAUAGAGGACUAUAAAUUCUUCAUAGGUGAACGGAACCAUAAAGAAGACCCAGAUUCUCCAUACCCAAUGGGAUCAUUGAGCAUACAUAUCAUAACACAUGGAACCAGUAUAUGGUUGCGACUAGGUGCACCUCUUUGCACAGUCGAUAUAGACCUCUCGUUUGCAAUUGAGAAGAGAGACCAAACACAGGGAAGAUGUGUUAUGGUGCGUGCAGAUAACAUUAGCGAACGGUGUGACAAUUUCUCCCAUUGGACUGAAUCUCUUAUUGAUCAAGGGCUCAAAACAGAGCAAAUUAUACAUGUAUUAUCAAUACAGCA